AUGCCUGCCACAACCCCAACGACGUAUCCUCCCCUCACAACCAAAUGGACAUUUGAAUCGCAAUGCAGCUCCUAUUUCACGGUGUUCAACACCUCCCUAGACCUUGGCACAACUCGCGGUAACUUGAUCUACCUCCGCACAGGAGGAACUGGCUUGUCUCCAACUUUAGCUUCAGCCCAGGGAUAUGUCCAUCCCAAUGGACAUAUCACUACCUCUACACCUCGGGUGAAACAACCACCGCGUACUGCUGUCCCAGGUAAUGGUUACCGUACCUUUUCAAGUUAUUGCCUCUCCUCUGGGAGUACUAUGACGACCGUCACCCUUGAACAAGCCACUGCAACAGCAACAGAUGCCUCAGAAACAGUCGGCUACCCCGUCUACCUCAUGCCUCGGUGGUGGGUCGCAUGGCAGCCAUCCGACACGGACAGACUGCAAGUCGCUGUGCCCAAAGUAACCUUUGAGAUGCCUGUGGAAACAUGGGUACCGGGAGAUAGGAUCGAUCAACCAGCAGCGGGUUCAGGACGCUCAGAUUCGGGGAAUUCAUACUUGGGCCUCCUUUAUGCACUUUACAUUGUGCCGCCGAUAGUUUUUGUGCUCAUAACGCUCUGUUGUAUCAGAUGUUGCUAUGUGGCCAGGAGAAAGCGGCGACAUAAGGAGGGAUUCGUGGGUAAACCGAGGAUCGAGUUCGCGGAGCAGAGCGUGCCAGGAGAGAUUGAGUUGGGAGAUGUGCAGGGCGGAGUGAGGGCAAAGGUGAAGAAAUUUAGGAGCUACAAGGAUAGGGAGGUGACUAUGACGACGGGGUGA